AUGGUGCAGCACACCGACACCAGCGAGACGGACGGCAGCAUGUCCAGGGAGGCGACGGACUCGGAGGAGAGUGAGUUCAUGGCGUGCAGCCCGGUGCCCAUCAACCCGGACUGGUGCAAGACGGCCACCGGCCACAUCAAGAGACCCAUGAACGCGUUCAUGGUGUGGUCCAAGAUCGAGCGGAGAAAGAUCAUGGAGCAGUCGCCGGACAUGCACAACGCGGAGAUCUCCAAGCGGCUGGGCAAGCGCUGGAAGAUGCUGAAGGACAGCGAGAAGAUCCCGUUCAUCCGAGAGGCCGAGCGGCUGCGGCUCAAACACAUGGCCGACUACCCCGACUACAAGUACCGGCCCAAGAAGAAGCCGAAGCUCGACAGCAGCUCCAAGGCGUCCGCCGCGGCGCCUUCCCCGGAGAAGUGCGCCAAGAUGAGCAAGACCCCCAGCAAGAAGUGCUCCAAGAUCAAGAGCAAGAGCGGCUCCUCCAGCAAGUCGUCGCACGGCUACGGGGACGAGUGCGGAGUGUUCUCCGGCUUCAAGGUGACCAAGGCGGUGAAGAUCGAGGUCGAGAGCGAGGAGGACGACGACGACUACGAGGAGGACUACCGGAUGGGGAUUAAGCCCGUGGACGAGGGGCGCCUGAGGCCGUACAAUGUGGCCAAAGUUCCCGCGAGUCCAACUUUGAGCUCGUCGGCGGAGUCCGAGGGGACGAGCAUGUACGAAGAGGUGCGGAACCACAACAGCAGACUGUUUUACAACAUCAAGAACAUUACCAAGCAGAGCGCGUUGCAGUCACCAGCAUCCUCCAGGUCGGUGUCCACAUCCUCCUCCUCCUCAUCCAGCAGCAGCUCCUCUUCUUCCGGCGAGGACGCGGACGAUUUGCUGUUUGACUUUAGUUUGAAUUUCGCCCCCAGCGCCCCAGGCUCGGAGCUGGGCAACCCCAAUUCAGGAAACCUCUCCCUGUCUCUUGUGGAUAAGGACCUGGACUCUUUCAGCGAGGGCAGCCUGGGCUCUCACUUUGAAUUCCCAGACUAUUGCACGCCAGAACUCAGUGAGAUGAUUGCCGGGGACUGGCUGGAGGCGAACUUUUCCGACCUGGUCUUCACAUACUGA